AACAAAUCAAUAUCCUAAUUAACUGAAACGUCCAAUCAAUUACACACCAAAAACACUGGAGCUGCGCAUGCGCUCACCCCCAGCCAGAGCCGGCACCUGGCUCCUCGUGACGUAGAUGAGAGAAAAGCUCCUUUGGCCGCCGCGCGAGGCAAGGAGAUUAUUAGUCCACGCGCAGAGGAGCAGAGACGGAGAGUGGUUUGGUCCCGGUCUGGGAGGAGGAGCAGCCCACUAGUCUGUGCCUGUAUGAAGUGCCACUCCUCCUGAUACCAGUAAAGCCUGUUACAGCCCCCCGUAGGUGAGUCCAGGUUUAAGCUGCUGUCUUCCGUCGGACCGAGCCUUUUUUUUUUUAUAAUUUUCAGGAAGAAAAGAAGGGAGUAAAAGUCAUGGACAAAGGAGGAGAAUUCAAAAGAAGUUAGCGCCGACAGUAAAGCCACCUUUGGACUCAGAAAGAAUAAGAAGAAGUGUCCGGAGAGGAAAGAGGAACAGGAUGGGGAUGGAUUUCAGCACUCUUCGGACCCUCAUCAGCAGAUAUUGUGUUGGUGAGGAGAACUGGGUGGACAGCAGGACGAUUUACAUCGGACAGAAAGAGCCUCCUCCAGGAACAGAAGCAUUUAUACAACAGCGAUUCCCCGACAACAGAAUAGUUUCCUCCAAGUACACAUUUUGGAACUUCAUCCCAAAGAAUAUGUUCGAGCAGUUCAGGAGAGUCGCCAACUUCUACUUUCUCAUCAUAUUUCUGGUUCAGUUGAUCAUCGACACGCCCACCAGUCCGAUCACCAGCGGGCUGCCGCUCUUCUUCGUCAUCACAGUCACAGCCAUUAAACAGGGUUACGAGGACUGGUUGAGACACAAAGCAGACAACUCGGUCAACCAGUGUCCCGUCCACGUGGUGCAGCAUGGGAAAGUGGUCCGCAAACAAAGUCGCAAGCUCAGGGUCGGAGAUGUCGUCUAUGUGAAAGAAAAUGAGACUUUUCCCUGCGACCUCAUCCUCCUUUCCACAUCUCGAGAUGAUGGGACCUGCUACGUCACCACAGCCAGUCUGGAUGGAGAGAGCAGCCACAAGACAUACUAUGCAGUUCAGGACACCAAAGCUUACAACACGGAGAAGGAGGUGGACUCCAUUCACGCUACUAUAGAAUGUGAACAACCACAGCCGGACCUGUACAAAUUCGUUGGCCGUGUUAACAUCUACAUGGAAAAUGAGCCAGUGGCCAGGCCGUUAGGAUCAGAGAACCUGCUGCUCCGAGGAGCCACACUCAAGAACACCGAGUACAUCUAUGCGGUUGCCAUCUACACUGGCAUGGAAACCAAGAUGGCUCUCAACUACCAGUCCAAGUCCCAGAAACGGUCUGCAGUGGAGAAGUCAAUGAAUGCCUACCUGGUGGUCUACCUGUGCAUCCUCAUCAGCAAGGCCCUCAUCAACACUGUGCUCAAAUACGUGUGGCAGGCGGACCCCAACAGAGACGAGCCGUGGUACAACGACAGGACAGACUCAGAGAGACAGAGACACAUCGUGAUCAGGGCGUUCACAGACUUCUUAGCCUUCAUGGUUCUUUUCAACUACAUCAUCCCUGUCUCCAUGUACGUCACCGUGGAGAUGCAGAAGUUCCUGGGCUCCUAUUUCAUCAUGUGGGAUGAUGAGAUGUUUGACGAGGAGCUGGGAGAGAGAGCUGUGGUCAACACGUCCGACCUGAACGAGGAGCUGGGACAGGUGGAAUACGUGUUUACAGACAAGACGGGGACUCUGACAGAGAACAACAUGGAGUUCAUUGAGUGCUGUGUGGACGGACAUGUUUACGUACCUCAUGCUAUCUGUAACGGACAGGUGAUGCAUAGUUCAACUGGUAUGGACAUGAUCGACACGUCUCCAGGUCCCGGUGCCAGGGAGCACGAGGAGCUGUUUUUCCGGGCGCUGUGUUUGUGCCACACGGUGCAGGUGAAGGAGGAGGAGACAGUGGACGGGAUCAAACACGGCAUCCACCAGGGCAAGUCCACCUCCUUCUACAUCUCCUCUUCUCCAGACGAGGUGGCGCUGGUGGAGGGCAUGAAGAGGCUCGGUUUCACCUAUCUGAGACUCAAGGACAGUCACAUGGAGAUCUUGAACAGGGAGGAUGAGGUUGAGAGGUUUGAGCUGUUGGAGGUUUUGACAUUCGACUCAGUCAGACGGAGGAUGAGUGUCAUUGUCCGGUCCAGCUCUGGUGAGUUAUAUCUGUUCUGUAAAGGUGCAGACUCCUCCAUCUUCCCCAGGGUGAUAUCAGGCAAGGUGGAUCAGGUCAGAGCUCGGGUGGAGCACAACGCUGUGGAGGGUCUGAGGACACUUUGUGUUGCCUAUCGGCCUCUCAGCCCCGAACAGUACCAGGAGAUUUGCCACCUGCUGAACGGGGCCAAGUUGGCACUACAGGACCGGGACAAACGACUAGCCGAGGCCUACGACCUCAUCGAGAAAGACCUGAUACUGCUGGGAGCCACUGCUGUGGAGGACAGGCUCCAGGAAAAAGCGGCGGACACCAUCGAGUCUCUCCACAAGGCAGGCAUGAAGGUGUGGGUGCUGACCGGUGACAAGAUGGAGACGGCAGCAGCAACCUGCUACGCCAGCAAGCUGUUUCACCGCAACACACAGAUCCUGGAGCUGACCACCAAACGCACCGAGGAGCAGAGCCUCCACGACGUCCUGUUUGACCUGAGCAGGACCGUCCUGAGGCAGCACGGGGGCAUGGUCAGGGACACCUUCUCUGGUUUAUCAGGCGACUGUACUGACUACGGGCUGAUCAUCGACGGAGCCACUCUCUCUGCGGUGUUGAGGCCCGCCCAGGAGGACUCCAACUCAGGGAACUACAAAGAGAUCUUCCUAGAAAUCUGCCGCAACUGCAGCGCCGUGCUCUGCUGUCGGAUGGCGCCGCUGCAGAAAGCUCAGAUUGUGAAGCUGAUCAAAGCUUCAGAGGAGCACCCGAUCACACUGGCUGUUGGAGACGGAGCGAAUGAUGUCAGCAUGAUCCUGGAGGCCCACGUUGGCAUCGGCAUUAUGGGUAAGGAGGGCCGUCAGGCAGCUAGGAACAGCGACUACGCCAUCGCAAAGUUCAAACACCUCAAGAAGAUGCUGCUCGUCCAUGGACACUAUUACUACAUCCGCAUCUCUGAACUCGUGCAAUACUUCUUCUACAAGAAUGUCUGUUUCAUCUUCCCCCAGUUCCUCUACCAGUUCUUCUGUGGCUUCUCACAACAGCCGCUGUACGACACAGCCUACUUGACUCUGUACAACAUCAGCUUCACCUCGCUCCCCAUCCUGCUCUACAGCCUCAUCGAGCAGCACAUCAACAUGGACAUCCUGAAGAAGGACCCGUCUCUCUACAGAGAUAUUGCUAAGAACUCGUUGCUGCGGUGGCCUAUCUUCAUAUAUUGGACCAUCCUGGGUGUGUACGACGCCAUCGUGAUGUUUUUCGGGGCCUACUUCCUGUUCGACAACACCACCUUCACCAGCAACGGACAGCUAAUGACAACCAACACACAGAUGAUGUUUGGAAACUGGACAUUUGGCACGCUGGUCUUCACUGUGUUAGUCUUCACUGUAACAUUUAAGUUGGCUCUGGAUACUCAUUACUGGACUUGGAUCAACCACUUCGUCAUCUGGGGCUCGCUGAUUUUCUUUGUGGUCUUCUCUCUGCUGUGGGGAGGAAUCAUCUGGCCCUUCCUCAACUACCAGAGGAUGUACUACGUGUUCAUGCAGAUGUUGUCCAGUGGUCCAGCCUGGCUCAGCAUAAUCCUCCUGAUAUCAGCCAGUCUGCUGCCAGAUGUGGUGAAGAAGGUGAUCUGCAGGGCUCUGUGGCCCACUACCACUGAACGCAUACAGAAUGCUGAUAAACUCUACAAGGGCCAGCUGUCCGAGUUCACCCCCCUGGCGUCUCUCCAUGCCCCGUCCAAGGCUGGCAGACACCGGCGAGGCUCGGGCAACCAAAGGAACGCCCCGAACCCUCGAAGGUCUGAACCCUUUAAAAAGAAAAUCAUGUUCACGCGCUGGCAAAGAACGCCAGACUACUGCACCUUCACACCCCUGCUCCGAUUCGCUGACGGCUCCCGCCACUCCAAGCAGGGAUACGCCUACUGCGGGGCGGGGCCAGAGACCUCAGUCUGAUUUAUUUCUGUCCGGUUUUAUUAUUCUUAUAUUGUGAUAUCCGGCAUCCAGAACGAAGGAAUAAAUUGGUGCAGAAGCUGACCAGGAACACAAAGUUACCUAAAAGUAACUUAUUUAUUUGGCUACUGGAACAAAUUAGAUGUGUUUGUAAUCCAGCGGUAAGGGAUUACAGUGAAAGUGACCUUCACAAAUGCGCCCAAGUCAGCAGCCAAGUAUGGCGCAAAGCACUCUGGGACGGCUCUGGAAAGGACUCCGCCCACAGGGCCUCGCUCGCCGCCACUAAGGGCUCAGCGUAUCGAUGUCACAGCAAACUUCUUAAAUCACUUCAAAUAAAACGUGCACUGGCCCUUUAAGUUGGCCUCUGAUAGCUGGCGGUUAAAAGUGUACUUUACGAGGAUUUGUACGACUUUUUAAAAACAUUUACGGUGUGAUUGUGCUGCUGAUGAAGACAGUAACAGUGCUUAGUUAAGCCAGCUGGAGCUUUCUCUGACCAAACCUUUUCUUUUCUUCAUUCCUCUCUCUCUCUGUCUGUUCUGCCUCUUUUCAGGACUAACUGGUGUUGCCUGUGUGCAAACAUAUUAUCCCGAAAUACUCCCUAGGACUCUCUACAACAUUGUAAGGAGUGGCGUAGUAGAGCUGUAAAGCCUAAGUGUUGGAGAGUCGCUCUUUAGCUGCACAUCCCAUCCUUAUGCUUUACAUGUAGCUAGUGUAGAGUCACUGGUGGGCCAGAUGUGUGUGUAUCUGUGUGCUGAGUGUUAGUGUUAGUGUGUGUUACAUUCAUCUCUGCAGGAUGCCCUUCUGUCUUACAGUCUUUUAAGCACUUUAACUGUGGACCCCCUGAUAUGUGUCUAUAAUAGAAUUAAUAUAAAUGGCUACAUGAUGGCCUCCUAGCUGUCUCUCAAUGCCUUAAUGUCACCGUGUAAAUCUUCCACUGAGACUUUUUACCAAAGAAACAAAAAGAGAAGAUUCUGUACGACUGUAGUGCUACGUGAGGUGUCAGAUCUAUUGGUCAGUGAGGAUAUGAGGUGAGGAUAUCUUCAGUGUUCAUCGUUCAGGAGGAUUUAAUUAACCACAGAGGUCUCCUCCUCUGAGACAGACAAACCUGGUGAUUAAAAUCAGAUAAAACACUGAAUUUGUGUUUUUCCAACACGGUUCGUCAGCUUUAAGAUCCAUAUGUCCAAUGACUAAAUCCAGUUAAAAUAUAGGUAAAAAUGUGUCUCUAACCUAGAUAAAAAGUUAUUUUAUGACAGUUUUCAUUUCAUUGCAGCACCUUAAAAAUGAACAUAAGUAACAUGUCUUAAUAAGAUAAUCAGAGAACAACAUAAGGAUUUUAUCAAGUGCCCCAGAACUAUUCCAUGCCUUAAAUAAAUAUGCAGCUUUUGAUCAGAUUUGCAGAUUUAAUCAUUUCAAACACAGCCAAUUAUUAAUGAGAACACAGUGUAAAGCUGGAGACAGCAAAGCUUAACAUAUUGUUUUAUUAAAAGAAAAUAAGCAUAUUUUCUUCAAUAUCAAACUAUUUUAUCAUAUUAGGAAAUUAAACUCCAGGUACCAUUCAUUUAUUUAUUUAAUUAUUGUAGUUUAAAGCCUCUAAUAGCUCAGUGUUAAUGCUCUCAUGAUGGGAGUUUCUACCUGAAUAAAAGAUCUUUUCAGUGCAUUUUUGACACUUUCCUGCUUCAUCCUUUCUUUCUAGCUGUUUCUCUCCUUCUCUCAUUCUUUCAUUCUCCCUGUGGUGACGUGAUGCUGCUGUGGAAGUUUUCCUACCUCUGUGAGAGCCGCCUCCACCCGUCUCAUCGUCCUCUCGUUUGUCUCCUCCUGCGUCUCCUCGGCCAUCCAUCUGUCCAUCUGUCCACUAAUCCAUCUGUCAUUGUGAGACACGGUAGAAAUGAUGUUUUCUACUUUAAUAGCACUUCUAUGAACCAAAGCCUUGUUGCUGCUAGAGAUACAUAUAGCUGCUUUACAUUAGGUGCCUUGUGGUAGUUUCUGUCUCUGCUGAACUGUCUUCGCUUGCUUUAUUCUAAUUUAAAUAAUAGGCGUUUAAAUGGAUGCAGAUGAUGGAUGUGUGGACUGAGAGAACGAGUGAAUGUAAAAAUCCACCGAGAACAAACACAACACUGAAAUAUUACAAGUGAUAAAUGAACAAAUUAAUUACUUAUGCACCAAAACAUUUAUGUUUAUUAUCUGUUUUUUAUUGUUUUUAUUCCAAAUGUUUUAUAUAUGUCCAGAAGGGCAUAGGUCUCUGAAAUUUGUAUUGUUUUCUAUGAUGUGUAAUGUGUAAAAAAACAAAUACCACUUUAAGAGUAAGUGGAGGUCUCACACACUGGAAAGAUAUCAGUCUUUGUUUUAAUGAGAAACUGGGAUUUUUUUUUUUACGUUUCCUUUUAAUUUAACAUCUCUCGCUUCUCAAAGUUCUGUUUUUUUAUUUCAAUGUUUAUAUACAAUCCACAGGAAGUGUCCCUGAACUCAAUUUGCAUAUUAAAGGAAUAGUUUGGAUUUAUUGAAGUGGGGUUGUAUGAGGUACAAUCCCACUUCCAUAAAUCCAAUUUAAUAAACUACCAGUGCAAACAAAACAAUUUUUCAGUCACCUUUAUAACCAGGCAUGCAGAGUGGAACUACGAUCUACUGAAGAAGUAGUCCAGAAACCUUCCACAGUGAAUUCUGUGGAUAACUGAGUGGAGAAUAAGAGCUCACAAACUGGACAAAUAAAACCAAAACUAUCUGCAUGGCUGGAUACCUCUAGUUAAAAUAUUGCCUUGCAUGUAAAUGACCCACUGCAACAAAUGUGGCCUCAGAGCAUUAGAACUACAAUAUUCCUAGUAUUGCAUUCAAAAGUCAUGUAAAACCUCAUCGUAGCAAUCACUGGCACUUACAUGCAUCAGAAUUAGAGCCCGACCGAUAUGGGAUUUUUGAGACUGAUGCAGAUAUGGUGGCUGAUAAAGUCAUUUUUUGAUUUGUAAUGAAAAUAAACCUUUUUAUGUGGAUUUUGCACUGAUUUUCACUCUGCAAAUGUACCCAUAGAGCUUGUUAUACAUAAUACAAACGAUGUAUUACAUUGUCAGCCAAUUCUUAAUGAUAACGAUAAUUUGGAAUAAAAUAAAUAGCUGAAUAAACAGAUCAAUUUCAGGCAAUUGCUGAAAAAUAAUUUUAAAAAAUGAAAAGCUACCAGCCAAGCAACAUUUUCUGCAUGAUAUAUUGUGCAGAACACAUAUCAAUCAGCAUAUACACCGAAAUCAAUUAACCUUUGAUAAUAUCUGUGAAAACGAUAUAUCUGUCGGGCUCUAAUCAGAAUAUCUUAUUAUUGCCAUAACCCGUCUUCUCUGUGUGAGGUCAUCUGUCAAAGAGAUGCUCCUGUAUCUCUGCAAUCCACAUAAAUUAAUGAAUGAAUUCCAAAAAGAUAUCCACAGUUACUGUAGUGCUUUUUGUAUGUAUGUAUGUAUGUAUGUUACCUUUUUUUUUUUACACUCUGGAGACAGUAUUUGAUGUGUGUCUUAUUUAUGAAUUAGAAUAUUCAAACAAACCAACACUGGACAUGUAUGUAUGUACGUAUGCAUAGCUUUAAAGCUUAAAGAAAGAGAUUGGUGUGGUGUUAGCUCAGAGACACCCCUGCACUGAACCGUCUUGUCUGAUUAUUGACACUUUGCUGUAGAAACUUUCAGAGCCAUUAACGGUGAAUUUAAGGUGUUACUGUAACAAUCGCUCCUCUCCUAACUGUCCUGAUCUUUCAAGACCACCUUAACUGACAGCCUUCGAACAGAAUGUUAUCUUUUACAACGUAUUAUUGUAUAGUGUGAUAUUUCUCAUAACCAUCAGUAUCAAUACAUCGCUGUACCCUCAGAUACAGUAUAUAUAUAUAUAUACAUACGAUAUAUAAAUGUAGUUAUGUUAAUUGAUGUACAGUUUUGGGGUCUUUUUAUAUACAGUUUUUAACAGAGUCAUAUCAAAAUUUACUUGUGGAUUUUUGCCAACCUUUCUGUAGCUAUCAAUGGCAAACAACUGUACAUUUGCUUUCAAAAAUAAAAGCCAGAAGUGAAGAAAAAA